AUGAAGUUCACCAACACUGUUGCCGUGCUGGCAACAGCUGGUCUCGCGACCGCCCAUGGCCAUGGACACGCUCACCAUCACAACAAGCGCACCACCGACGACGCCGUUAAGUACGAAUUCGUCGUGCUGAACGACGGUACCCCCGAGGCUAUCGGCAUCAGUGAGGCUUGCCAGGGUCUCGCCGAUGGCAAGCUCAAGUGGCUCGAUAGCGCCGUUGCCGCUGCCUGUUCGUCCUCCAGCACCAGCACUGCCGCUCCUACCUCGACCUCCACCACUGCUCCCACCUCCACCAUUGCUCCCGCUAUCCUCCAGGAGACCGCCGCUGCGAUCACUCCUGCCAGCUCCAGCAGCACCGUCGAGCCCACAAGCUCCACCAGCUCUGCCACUGUUGCCGCUACCAGCACCGCCUCCAGCUCCGGUGCCACCGGUCUCACCGCCGAAUUCCCCGAUGGAGAGAUCGACUGUGGUACUUUCCCCUCCGAAUACGGUGCCGUCGCCCUCGACUACCUCGGUCUCGGUGGUUACUCUGGUAUCCAGUACGUGACCCUGGUCGACGACCUGGUCAGCGACAUCGUCACCGCUGUUACCGGCGAUGAGUGCCACAAUGGUGCCAUGUGCUCUUACGCCUGUCCCGCUGGUUACCAAAAGUCCCAGUGGCCCACUACCCAGGGUAGCACUGGCCAGUCCGUUGGUGGUCUGGAGUGCAAGGGCGGUAAGCUCCAUCUCACCAACUCUGCCCACAAGACGCUUUGCAUUGCGGGUGUUGGUGGUGUCCACGUCAAGAACCAGAUGUCCAACGACGUCGCUGUUUGCCGUACUGACUACCCUGGUACCGAGUCCGAGACCGUUCCUCUGUCUGCCGCCUCUGGUGCCACUCACCCCCUGACCUGCCCUGACGGCGACACCUACUUCAACUGGGAGGGCAAGGCCACCUCCGCCCAGUACUAUGUCAACCCCAAGGGUGUUUCCACUGAGAAGGGUUGCCAGUGGGGUGACGGCAGCGAGCCCAUCGGUAACUGGGCUCCCCUCAACCUCGGCGUUGGCUACACCAGCUCCGGAAAGUUCCUGUCCAUCUUCCCCAACACCCCUACCACCACCAAGAAGCUCGACUUCAACGUUAAGCUGGUUGGUGACAACCUCAGCGACGAGUGCCGCUACGAGGGUGGUACCUUCUACGACUCCAACGGUGCCAUCAGCGGCAACAGCGGCUGCACUGUCGGUGUCACUUCCGGCAACGCCUACUACGUCUUCUACGACUAA